AUGGAAGACCGCAAGGCGAGGCAGCGUACUAUGCCGCUGGUGCCCGAACCGUUCCACAUGCACGCCAUCUCCAGGCAGUCGGUAGCCUUCAAAAGCGCCCUCCCCCGAAUUGAGCCCAUCGCCGAAAUGUGGUGCCAAUUUUGCCCAAACCUCGAUAUCCCAAAAUACCGAGAGGGUCUGAGUGACACGAAGAAAACCGAACUUGACCAACGCGCGAGCAAGUUGUGUCGAAGGGCAGCAACGAACCACCUCUACAAGUCCUCCGAGUUUACUUGGGAGGUGUGUGCUUGGCACGAUGCUUUUGCGUUGAUUCACGAUGAUGAGGCCUUAAGGAUGGACAAGAAACCAUAUGAGUUUAUCGAAAAGAGCAGCAAUGGAGAAAUAGACGUCAAAAUCAAAAUUCCAGAUGCGACACUGGGCCUCAAGGCAUAUGAUGAUUAUGACCUUGAGCAUGGCUUCAUAUGUGGGAUCACCGACUGUCCACACGAUCAUAAACAACCCGACAAACGACUCCACAAGGACAAACUCGGCGCCAUGAUGCACAACCCGAAUUGUGGGCUUGUUGUGGAUGGCGUAUGGGGGAAAACCGAUCUCGUGUUCCCUUUUGCUGUCUACGAGGCGAAGAAGCGAGCCCUGAGUUACGAAGCGGCCGAGGACCAGAUCUAUCACGCCUGUAGGACGUAUCUGGCCAUGCUGGAUGACCUAGCUCGGAACCCGAACAACGUCUCGGAAUACCAGACGGAAAAAAGCCACAGGUACCAACUUUUCGCAUUUACGUCUUGUGGUUCUUAUUGGGAGGUUUUCGUCGCCUUUAAGUUCCUGGAAACAUGUAUCGGAGAGCAGACGGUGGAGACAAUUUGGGAAGGAGAUGUCAAGGAGUUCAGCCGUGCCUAUGAUUUGAUAUGCAUAGUGGACCAGAUACAUGAUUAUGCCAUCAAUCAGCACCGUUCCUACGUAAUGCAACACCUAGAAGCAUGGUAUGCCCGUCACGAGGCGAUCCCUACGCCCGACCCUGGAGUAUCCAAGCCUUCUGAGUCGAAUCUCAAGGGAGUUCCGGAUGGGCUUGACGACUUUGGUGACAUUACCAUGGACGAUGCGGACGCGGACGCGAGCAACUCGAAUCAUCGCGAUAACGACUCCAAUGACUCUGAUAACGACGCGACCGAUCUGUUGUCUGAUUUCAACCGUUAUUCUAAAGAGCAAGUUACCGAAGAAAUACUGAGAGAGCUCGUAGGGGAGGGGCCCGCAUGGCUCCGUCUCAAAGAGAAGACAAAGAUGGCCAAGUGGGACAAGGCACAGGAAACGAGAGCUCGCAACAGAGCGCUACGUGAACUCGCCAGGAGAGGAGCGUCGAGGCAGUCCCACCAGGUGAGUAGAGAGAGUGGAAAGAGUGGUUCAGGAAAGAUCGGUAAACCUGAAGGGUCGAAGCGAAACCGGGUUCAGUCGCAGAAGGCACGAGAAGCUGCCACGAAAACAGCCAUGAAGGCUGCCUUCGCUAAUCUGUAUCCAGAUUAG